AUGAUAGUUGGCUAUAGAAGCACAAUCAUAACCCUUUCUCAUCCUAAGCUAGGCAAUGGGAAAACAAUUUCAUCCAAUGCAAUUUUCCAGAGAUCAUGUAGAGUAAGAUGCAGCCACAGUACCACUUCAUCAAUGAAUUAAGAUCUUUGUUUGAUUGAUAGGUGGUUUGAAGAUUAUAGAUUGGACCAACUCGGACUUGCAGAACGAUAUAUACAUGCUAGUUACUUAUUUGGUGUUACUGUUAUCCCCGAGCCUGAAUUAUCCGAUGCUCGCCUCAUGUACGCGAAAUACGUCAUGCUCCUGACUAUUGUCGAUGAUCAUUUCGAGAGUUUUGCAUCUAAAGAUGAAUGUUUCAACAUCAUUGAAUUAGUAGAAAGGUGGGAUGACUAUGCAAGUGUAGGUUAUAAAUCUGAGAAGGUUAAAGUUUUUUUUUCUGUUUUCUAUAAAUCAAUAGAGGAGCUUGCAACAAUUGCUGAAAUUAAACAAGGACGAUCCGUCAAAAAUCACCUUAUUAAUUUGUGGCUUGAAUUGAUGAAGUUGAUGUUGAUGGAGCGAGUAGAGUGGUGUUCUGGCAAGACAAUACCAAGCAUAGAAGAGUACUUGUAUGUUACAUCUAUAACAUUUUGUGCAAAAUUGAUUCCUCUCUCAACACAAUAUUUUCUUGGAAUAAAAAUAUCCAAAGAUCUACUAGAAAGUGAUGAAAUAUGUGGCCUAUGGAAUUGUAGCGGUAGAGUGAUGCGAAUCCUUAAUGAUUUACAAGAUUCCAAGAGAGAACAAAAGGAGGUCUCAAUAAAUUUAGUCACAUUACUAAUGAAAAGUAUGUCUGAGGAAGAAGCUAUAAUGAAGAUAAAGGAAAUCUUGGAAAUGAAUAGAAGAGAGUUAUUGAAAAUGGUUUUAGUUCAAAAAAAGGGAAGCCAAUUGCCUCAAUUAUGCAAAGAUAUAUUUUGGAGGACAAGCAAAUGGGCUCAUUUCACUUAUUCACAAACUGAUGGAUAUAGAAUUGCAGAGGAAAUGAAGAAUCACAUUGAUGAAGUCUUUUACAAACCACUCAAUCAUUAA